AUUGGUGCUGGGGAGAGAACCAGCGGGUUGCUAUCAUUUAAUGGUGGAGUUCGUUGGAGAGAUUAUCGGAGCUAGCAUUAGCCUCCAUAGCUAACAGUAGCUAGUGUCUUUGCGACACUGCUGCACCGUUUAACGUCGCUUUGAAACAAGAACAGUGAUGCUUGUAAACUACCUAAAGUUGGGGCUGUUUUCUAACCUGAAACACGUUGUGUCCAAGCAACAAUAAACACUUUAUAUAAUAUUACAAGCGCGCAAGAGCUCAUUUAGCCGUAAUCGAUGCUACGUAGUGGGCCAAUUGCUCUCAGGGAUUGUAGAGCUAACCUGCUGUAGUAAAUAAAAAUAAUCCUGAGAGAUCACUGUUCAAACACGGCUGUGGAUCCAUAUGUUUAUGCAUGUACAGUAGCCAGGUUUCCAUCAGGUUUUACACAAGAUUUAAACCAGGUGACACGAGGUAUGUUUGGUGCUAACCGGAAGAAGUUUAUGGAGGGAGGGGUAGAGAGCGACUACGCGGACGACUCCAGCCUCUACUACACCCAACAGUCCAUGUUCCCUCCUCACCGCCCUGACAAAGAUAUGCUGGCGUCUUCCUCUGCUUCCUCAACGGGUCAACUGUCACAGCUAGGAGCCAGUUUAUAUGGCCCACAGAGUGCUUUGGGGUUUCCCAUGCGUGGUAUGAACAGCAGCGCAGCUCCUCAGUUAAGUCGAAGUGGGUUGAACCAGUCUGCCAGUCAGCUCCCGAGUCAUGCCAGUGCACCCAACACUGGCACGAUGCACACGCCUCCCUCACCGAGCAGGGGUAUCCUGCCGAUGAGCACCCGCAGCGUGCUGAACCACAACCAGCAGGUGGGGGGUCCGACGGGGCAGUCGGGUGGGAUGGGAGGCGUUGGGGUGGAGAGGGGAGGUGGCGUCGGAGGAGGGAGGAGCAGCAGCAUGGGGAGUCCCAGCCGGUCGUCACCCAGCAUCAUCGGCAUGCCCAAACAGCAGCAAGCACGGCAGCCUUUCACCAUCAACAGUAUGUCGGGGUUUGGUGUGAACAGGAAUCCAGGCUACAACAUGAACAACUCCCUAUCCAACAACAUCUUCAAUGGCACAGACGGCAGUGAGAAUGUGACGGGGUUGGACCUGUCAGACUUCCCAGCGUUAGCAGACAGGAGUCGGAGGGAUGGAGGCUCAAAUCCAACCCCACUGCUCAACCCGCUGGCCGGUCGGGCUCCUUACGUUGGCAUGGUAACCAAGCCGUCCAGUGAGCAGUCGCAGGACUUCUCCAUCCAUAACGAAGAUUUCCCAGCUCUCCCUGGGCCAAACUACCAAACAAAAGACCCCACCAGCACCAACGAAGACAGCAAAACGCGCUCUCACGUCCUGACUCGUCCCAUUUUUUCGGACUGUUUUUUCCCUCCGUUUUUGUCCAAUCAGAAUCUGAACUCAUCGGGAAAGCCCACCUCUAACUCAGAUGGUCCAAAGUUCCCCGGCGACAAGAGCUCUGCGCCUAGCAACAACAACCAGCAGAAGAAAGGGAUUCAGGUGCUUCCCGACGGGCGUGUGACCAACAUCCCGAUCGGCAUGGUAACGGACCAGUUUGGGAUGAUCGGGUUGCUAACGUUCAUCCGGGCGGCAGAGACGGACCCCGGCAUGGUCCACCUGGCGCUGGGCUCUGACCUCACCACACUCGGCCUCAACCUCAACUCACCUGAGAAUCUCUAUCCUAAAUUUGCGUCUCCCUGGGCGUCGGCUCCGUGUCGACCGCAGGACAUAGACUUCCACGUCCCCUCAGAGUAUUUAACCAACAUCCACAUAAGGGACAAGUUAGCAGCUAUCAAGUUGUCUCGGUAUGGUGAAGACCUGCUGUUUUAUCUCUACUAUAUGAACGGAGGAGACCUACUACAACUCCUGGCUGCAGUAGAACUGUUUAACAGGGACUGGAGGUACCAUAAAGAGGAGCGGGUUUGGAUCACCCGGGCUCCGGGUAUGGAGCCCACGCUGAAGACCAACGCCUACGAGAGAGGGACCUACUACUUCUUCGACUGCCUCAACUGGAGGAAAGUGGCAAAGGAGUUUCAUCUGGAGUAUGACAAACUAGAAGAGCGACCUCACGUUCCCUCCACAUUCAACUACAAUCCUGCCCAGCAGGCCUUCUGAUUGGCUCUACCUCCUCCUGCCUGCCUGCCAUUGGCCCUCCUGGCUCAUCAAUCAUCACCUUUUAGGUUUUUCCACCUCCACACACUCAAAUCUGGCCAAUAAGGACCGGGGACAGGAGACGACGUCCUGGCUCUCCCAAACAAAUCUCUGAAUAGACUUUAUGAUUUUAACUUUUCUGUUUGUUCUUUACCUCAUUUUCUGUUUAUUUUGUUUAUUUUAUUUCCCGCCCCUCCUCCAUGACAGACGUAAAGUCAGCAGACAGCACAGUACAACACACAGCGACGCCAAAUAACCGUCCAUCUGAUCGGUGAUUUCUAUUCACUCUUAUUGAUUGACUAUUUUUGUCUAGAGAAGCUUUUAAGAAGAACCAGAUUUUAAACACAGAAUUAAAUCACCCGUCAGGUGGAUCAUUAUUUCACACUGUGUCUCACCUCUCUGAUCUUUGGCAGGAAAAUAUUUAUCUUCAUAUUUUACCAGGGUUUUUCAGCAGCAUUACAAAUCAAACACACACACACAUACAAACAUCAGCAGACAGCGGAGUCAGGAGAGGAAAUGCAAUGUACAUUGUAGCACUAUUUCAUAAUAAAAGAAGAAAAAAUAUUUUUUUUGGUUUGUUGAUGUUAUGUGGCGACACGUGGUUUAAUUUUAAAGCUUCUUUUUUUUACUUAAUGAGGUGAAGUUUAGCACUUUUCACAUUGACGCAGCUCCUUCCCAGUUUUCACCAUUAUUCUUUAUUAUCGUUCUGUUUUUAUUCCGACAUUACAGCUCCCUUCCUCCCUCUGCCAGCGGAGAUCCCCGUUUCUUCACCUUUCAAUAUUUUAAUUCCUCU